AUGAAAGGUACUAUAGGACUUCCAGUUGCUAUACACAACACUGCAAUAUCUGUUACCCUCUGUGUGAUUUUCUACUGUCUCAUGACUUUUGAUGAAAGAGGAAGUUUGUCAAUCAAAUUCCAUGGCAUAACGCUGAUAAUGUGUUGUGGAAGCCUCGUCCUCGGUUUGUGCUAUUUUGGAGAGUCAUUGGAAGAAGAGGUUUGA